AUGAGUCCCCUGAGGGGUUGGAGGUUAGAAACUACCUACGAUGACAUUGGACAGCGCCAUCAUCAGCUAAAAUCCGGCGCUGAGUGCUGGCGAACGGUGAAAUGUCUCGGGAAUGGCUCCUUUGGGGAUGUCUGGGAGGAGCACUGUGUUUCAGGGCCAUCGCCUAAUGCUAUCCGCGCCGUGAAGCAUCUUCGCAAGCGACAAUCGAAGUUUUUGGAGAUGUCGAAGCGGGAAAUUCAGGCGCUUGUCACAUUUUCCGACUCUCAUACCCCCGAAGUAGGUGGUGCAGGUGUGAAUCAAACAUCUUCAGCUAAUUUUCCCCCGCAGUACAAGCAGCAUUUCGUCCAGUUCCUUGGCUGGUUUGAUGACCUUGAAAAUGUCUACAUCGCGAUGGAAUUCUUACAAUAUGGCGAUCUUCAGAAAUUCAUUAAAGCACCUUUCCCCGAGCCAGAAGCGGCAUCGAUUGUGUUCCAAGUUGCCCAGGCGCUACAGUACAUGCAUCGGAAGAAUUUUGUUCACCGAGACAUCAAGCCUUUGAACAUUUUAGUCUCCUCUCCGGGCCCCAAAUGGCACGUCAAAGUCGCUGAUUUCGGAAUUACCAAAAACACGGACGGCAGUGCGCUUGGAACACAUUAUAUCGGAUCUCCCGGUUAUAUGGCACCAGAGCUAUACGGCGACUCCUCGAAUCACUAUACGGCAGCCAUCGAUGUGUGGGCGCUUGGGGCUGUCGCAUUCUGCUUGCGAACAGGUGCCCCUCCCUUUCGAACCAUUAAGCAUUUGCUUGACUAUUCCCGGGACCACAGGGUCCAGUUUCCUCUCCGACCGUUGGGAAACUCGAGUGGUUUCUGCAUGAACUUUGUACUGGGUACAAUGGCAGACCCUGCUGAACGAAGAUUGACGAUUGAUCAUGUUCUCGCUCACGAUUGGCUUUCUGGGCAAUCCGACUCUCUUGAAGGAAGUGGGUCUUUGGGUGGAAAUUCAGCAGAGAGUCAAGCUACAUGGGAGAUUGCGCCAUCAAAUGCCUGGUCAAAUACAUAUGAUAACACGGCCACCCAGCGACCGCGGUCUUCCUCGUCUACCGAACCUUUGUCGAAACCGAAUCCAAAGGCAGAUAUCACACCAUUGACGGUCCCUUCUCUUUCUCCGCCGCUCCAAGAACAUGUUUCAAAAGAUCAAUUGGCAACAGAGAUGGGGAAUCUUAAGCUAAUGGACAGUAAGCCCGGGGACAAUGAAAUGACCGCAACGAUCAGGCCAAAGGCGGCUCGUGACAAAAGCCCAAAUACGAUCAAAGCAAUGACAGAUCUCGCCGCAACAUAUCAUAAGCAAAAGAAGUUUGAUCAGGCAGAGAGUAUUUUUGAAGAAGUUGUCAGCCUUCGACGCGAAGUGUUUGGCAAUGAGCACCUUGAAACAAUCAACGCACUGGCGCAACUUGCUGCAACAUAUCGCGAACAGAAGAAAUACAAAGAGUCCGAACCAAUUGAUGAAGAAAUCGUCACAUUGAGACGGGAAAAGUAUGGUGAUGAGCAUCCGGAUACAGUUAAGGCCAUGGAAAAUCUUGUUAUAACCUACCGCGAACAAAAGAAGGUUGGCCAGGUGGCGCAAAUAUCCAAGCAACUAUCUUUGUUGCAACAAAAGUCGCUUGGGCGGCCGCACACACAUACGAUAGAUUCGUUGGGAAGCCAGGACGAGACAUUUCAAGAGGCAGAGAAGAUUGCAUUUGGAGACACCAGUGACCAGCUAGACCUGAGACUCACAGUUGUUGCCGCCGAUCGUCUUCCUAAGCAAGACUUUUUCCGGUUUCCUAGCCCAUUUGCCGUGGUUCUCGUUGAUGGAAAGAAAGUCUUCACUACCUCAGUCAAUCUGAAAACCUUGAGCCCUUACUGGAACGACACUGUGGAUUUGUAUGCAGCUUCGUCCUCCAGCAACCUUCAUCUCCUCCUUUUGUAA